UAAGGGACCAUUUUGUCAUUUUGUCUUCUUCUUCUUCUUCACAGCAAAACCCUGUAACCCUUCUAUUUUUGUUUUUUCAAAAUCUCCAAUUCCAUGGAAAUUCUCCAUUUUCGUUUCUGAAAGUUGUAAAUUCGAUUUAUCGUUAGCCAUAAACUUGAUUUGCAUCAAAUUUGGGAUUUUGAAAUUUAUAGCAUAAUACGGAGACUAAAUCUGCAUUUUGAUUACUUAUUAUGGAGGAACAAUCAUUCUUUACCAACUUCCUUGUCAACCUUCGUUCCUCUUGCAAGUAUUACACAGGCUAUCCUAAAGAUCUUGGGCCAUCGAAGGUUAUUCACUUUACCUCGGAAAGGGAAUUUGUCCAACUUCUUCAUCAAGGCUACCCGGUAGUCGUUGCAUUUACGAUCAAGAGUAACUACAGCAAACAUCUUGACAAAGUUUUUGAGGAGUCUGCAGCCGAGUUUUAUCCACAUGUAAAAUUUUUACGUGUCGAAUGCCCAAAGUACCCAGGGUUUUGCAUAACAAGACAAAAGACGGAAUAUCCAUUUGUAGAGAUAUUUCAUAGUCCAGAACAGGCAGCUGCUCAGGGAAGGGUUGCUGAUCCUAAUAUUACCAAAUACUCUGUCAAAGUUUUACCUGUAAGUUCUCAUGUUUGUGAAGUAUCUGUAGAGAAAAUGAUUACUAUAUUUGCUUCUGUCCUUGAGAUUUUAUGUGCAAAAUUAUAUUGUACUACAUUGAAGUUAUAGUUGGUGUAAUUUGAG